AUGGCGGCUUACGACAGGACGAAAAUCCUCAAGGAGAAUAUCUUGAACUACAAGACAUUCAUGGAGCUGCAAAGUCACUCAAAUGCCUUGAUGUGCAAGGUUUUUCCCACCAUCUUAGCAGGCCCAGCCCAAGUGUGGUUUAACAGUUUGGAGGCAAGAAGUAUUAAGAGUUUUAUGGACCUAGCCAACAUGUUCAUUAGCAGAUUCAUUGCUGGAAUUUCUGCAGAGAUAAAGACAAACCAUUUAGAGACUGUUCGACAAAGGAGGAAUGAAUCCUUAAGAGAGUAUGUGACCAGGUUCAACUUAAAGGCUUUACAAAUACCCGAGCUUGAUGAAGGAAGAGAUGUGGAAGUUAUGCAGAAGGGCACCACCUCCUAG